CAAACCCUGGAUGGGGGGUUUUUUUUUUCAACCCAGAAUCAUUUCAACUCCACCAGAAAACCAACAGUGAUCACCGCCCAUCGCCGAGAUCUAGGCAUUCAUAAAGACGAAAGAGGUUCAGCGUCAAUCCGAUCGAAACCACAUAACACAAGCCGUGAAGAAGGGAUAUCUUACAUGAACCAUGUCUGCCCCGACAUCCCUCCGCAAAUCCGCCGGCCCCGUUGCCUCCUCCUCUGAUGUCCCGGUCGCCGAGGUCGCCGAGGUCGCCCGAGAGGAGGAAUUUGCGCUGGAAGGCAUGAAUGAACUCCCGGAGGGGGCGAAUGCGCUCCAGCCGGCGAGCGCAGCGGGAGAGCACGGGAUGGAGAUUGACGAGGAGAACAAGCCGCAUUUUGCACCCGUACAGAAUACCGAUCCGGCGAUGCACAUUCAAACGCGCAAGAUUCCCAUCCCGCCCCACAGAUUCGCGCCCCUGAAGAGCGCGUGGCCCAAGAUCUACCCGCCGCUGGUUGAACACCUCAAGUUGCAAGUGCGCAUGAACGUCAAGCAGCGCCGCGUGGAGCUCCGCACGUCGAAACACACGACGGACAGCGGCGCCAUCCAGAAGGGAGAGGACUUCGUGCGCGCCUUCUCUCUCGGCUUCGACGUCGACGAUGCCAUCGCCCUGCUCCGCCUCGACGACCUUUACAUAGAGACCUUCGAGGUCAAGGACGUCAAGACUCUGACCGGCGACCACCUCGCCCGCGCCAUCGGCCGUAUCGCCGGAAAGGACGGCAAGACCAAGUUCGCUAUCGAGAACGCCUCGCGCACUCGGGUCGUGCUAGCUGAUUCUAAGAUCCACAUUCUCGGAGGGUUCAAAAACAUUCACAUAGCGCGCGAAUCCAUCGUGAGCCUGAUAUUGGGGAAGCCUCCCGGUAAGGUAUACAACAACCUGCGGACGGUGGCUACGAGGAUGAAGGAGAGGUUUUAGCCCAGCCCUGGCCAAUGCUACGUUACGUCUUCUGGAAAAGGAACUACGGCGCUUAGGAGUUGAAACGGGGAGUUUUGUUUUCUUUUUUUCCACAGAGAUAUCGUAAGUUCUAAGGCGUACAAGCGGCCAAGCGGCGUCAUUGUAGGCCGCUAAUAAACUAGCCUUUGUCACGUUAGAGCAUCUGACGAGCAUCAUAGCAUUCGGCGCAUUGAAGGCAGGUAUUAGUUGCGUAGUUGGGUAUUGCUGUUAGGCAUCUGGUAAUAGGCAGCCGUCAAGCUCGUGGCCUGCAUUGACUUGCCCAGCGUCUUGUCGUGUUGGUAGCAGAUGCCUGCUUGGUUCGGGUCCCAGCCUGCUCCGUUGUCAGGAGGAGUUCCCGGCUCCCCUCCCCUCCCCCCACUAUAAACCAAUCCGUCGUCGUCCUCCUUCUCUUCUUCCAACUCAAUCCUGCAAACUCCAACCACACGACAACGGCUACCCACAACCCUAGGCCGGUUACCGACGCGCACGCAUGUCGAAUUCCCUCUGCCCUUCUUCCCAAGCAUUCGCCGGAUGAACGGCCCAACGUGCCGCCGGCUGCCUUCGCUGCUAGCCAGCCGCGCUGGCGGCCGCCACGUGACGGCGACGACAGGGGGAGGUUGCCGAGCGCAGCACUCGCGCGCGCGCU